UUCAAUUGCGGCAUUCUCGCAGCUAGUUGGUUAUGUCCCUUCGAAGGCGCGCCUCAAACUGAGCCCAAAACUCAAAAUGCGCCCAGGUAAGGAAAACCCAACCAGGUAGCUAACAACAAUGAAUGAAGCAGAAAACUGAGCAUAUUGAGGUAGGUUCCACCCCGACCUUUCAACUCGCAGCUGCCGAUGGCAGAUUCUCGCGAAAAACCAAAGAUACCAACAAAAUAACAAACAAAAGGACAACUCGAGAAUAUUUUUGGAUAUCAGAGAUGACAUAUAGGGUAUGCUUUCUACAAUCUCAGCCAAAGAAUAAUCUUCUAAGUGCAUUGAACUUGGCAUACGCACAUCGCGCUAAAUAUAGGCUCCACAGAGCCAAGGGCUGUUUAGUUCCGCUGCGACUCCAAAUCUGCCACUUCCUAUGUAGCUAUAAAUAAAAAUACACAGCCGUGGCGCCCCAUCCUAUAGGAUCAGACACGCGACGCAUCAGCCGGCUGGUGCCUAUAUGUAUAUUUAGCAGAGUAGAGUCAGAGAGAGUCGAACUUGGAUGCUGGCACUGGGAAGGAGGCCAGUGCAACGUGCAGCGUCAUGGAAUGCAGAAGCGUGUCCGUUCUACCAACCUAUGCACAAUCAUGCUCGCACAACAGCGACUCGAAGAAGGCUUCGCUGUGCCAAGCUCUGUUUCCCUAUAAGACGUUCAGCGAACCCGACCCGGUCACCAUACUCAUCACCUUGGCUGUGCUCGUUGGCUCCUUUUGCCUGCUCAGCGGGUUCAUACUGCUCUGUGUCGUAUCCAAGGCGUGGCAGGAUGAAACAUCCGAGGCCAUACUACUAAUGGGCAUUGGCUUUUUCAUUACAUCUAUGUCCUGUGUCACUUGGAAAUUGACGAAUGCGCAGCGUUUGGCUCAGUUACAGGAAACCAUUUCAAUAUAGGCUUACAUAAAUUUAUAUAUAUGUAUAUAUAUCCAUAUUAAUAUAUUCGAUAUUCACAUAAAA